CUGUUGUUAAGGAGGGACACUGAAGGCAACCGUUCUGUGUGAUGUGACAGCAGCAAGCGGAGAGAAUGGACGGAGACAUCGCUGAGCCUCCAUCUCCCUCUUCCCUCCUCUCCACACUGAAGCUUCUGGUCCCCCCGAUUCGUCUGCUAUCGGCAGCGAUCUGGCAGACUGUGGAGCAGAAAAUAGUGACCGACUAUGGACUUCUGGAGGAGUUUGUGUUCAUGUUGACUGAGAUGGUCCCUCAGCUGCUGUCCACUAGACAGCGGGCUGAGCUCAUCCUGGGCUUGAGAGCGCGGUUCAUCUUGGAGCUGUGUCGAUCUGAAGACACGGCAGACAUCGACAUCAUUCAGCCACAUCUGGACCGUAUGGAGACCUUGCAAUCCCUGUGGAAGUCAGACAAUGCUGAACAAGAAUCUUCUGAUUCGCGUUUCAUGGGUCUGGUUCAAAACCUGCUGCGAGAUUCUGAAGAGAGAAAAAACUUUUUCCAUGACGUCUUCCCGGGGGAGUUUGGACCAACAUACGACAAAGCGAUUCAGUCCUUGAUGUGGCUUUUUGUGUCCCGUCUGGAGAAAAUACUUCCCACUCAAUCUCUCCAACAGAUCGCCUCCCUGCUCAGCAAUGCCUCGUCUGUGCUGAACGAGUGUAUGCUGACUUUUGCAUCGUCCCAUGAGCUCAAAACUAUGUUGGACACUCACAAAGACCUCAGCCAGCUGGACAACAUAGAGUCAUGCACUGUCGACAGCGACAUCCUGUCAGUGUUGUGUCUCCCCCCUCUGGACAGAGAUGAUAUGAUCAGUAGGCAGACCCGUAGCGACAGCGCCACAGACCUUCCAUAUACCGUCUGUUCUGAGAUGGAGGUGGAGUCUGAGAUUCCUGUUGCUGGCCACUCGGAACCAUGUGGGCAGAGUCAGUGGAUGGAUUUUAACAGCGGUGUCAAAGCUGAAGAGGAUGGUGGAAUAGUUCCAGACUCGGCAGGUCCUGACGGAGUCAGCGGGCAACCCGAGACCCUCAUUAUCGGAGAGGACGGGCAUGUCUCUGUCCUUGUGAUGGAAAAGCCCAAGAAACGUGGUCGGAAAAGGAAGCAAGACGUGCAAAGCAAACCACGGGACUUUGAUGAUGACCCGGACUUCGAGAUCUCUCCGAGAAGGCCGGUGAGAAAAAACAGAGGGGUCAAGAUGAAGAGAUACCUGUCACAGUGGACCAAGACGGGAAAGACCGUUGGAACGUUGAACAGAGCCGCAGAGUCAAAUGAAAAUGAUGUGGAUGAGCGGACGCAAGAAAGCCACACUAGCACACAGCAGGAGCAGCUCACCUGCUCUGCCUGCAAGAAGGUCUAUAAGAGUCAGCGCAACCUGCAGCAGCACAAAUGUCCAGCAAGAGAUGGCACCAAAUCUGGAGAGCAAGAAGAGGAAGACGAAGCUGACCAGUCGCCCCAUGAUCUCACUGGAGAAGAUCUUGACGGCUCCACCUCUGCUGAAAAGGGCAACAAUGAUGGUUUGGAGGAGAGGAGCCCAGAAGACACCAAAAGCAUAUUGGAUGGUCCGUUUUACUGUCCUCACUGCAGGUCUGAAUUCAAGUGCAAGCAAACCUUCCGGUACCAUCAGCGCAGCAUUUGCUAUAGCGAGCAGCAGGUGGAUCCCGAGCAGCCUGAAGAUGUGAAGCACUGCUUCCGCUGCAGCGAGUGCGACAAGGCUUUCAAAUACAAAUCAACAUUGGAUUCCCACAAGCUGACGCACAACCCGCUCUACUGUGAAGUGUGCAUGAAGUUGGUCCGUGACUCGGAAGCCUUGGCCAUGCACAAGGAGUCUCACACCCCCUUUCAGUGCAACCGGUGUGAACAACACUUCCCCGUUUUCAAGGCGCUUCACAAGCACUACAUUGACGUCCACAACCCCACCGAGCCGUACAUCUGCACUCACUGCCAGAUGGCCUUUGCAAGCUUGAAGCGGUUCAUCCGCCAUGAGUGGAAACACACCGGCUACCAACCAUUUCAGUGCCCUCAUUGUUGCAAAAGAUUUCGCUCUUACUCUGACCUGGUGGAGCACCAGAGGAAACACACCAAAGCGUACCCAUACCUUUGCUGGGAAUGUGGCAAGAAGUUCCGACACAGCGUGACGAUGACCCGGCAUCUGGAGCGAGUGCACAAUACCGGCGAGCCGGAGAUGCAGAAACCGCUGGAAACGUACCCGUGCAGCCAGUGUGGGAAGAUCUUCUCCUCCCGCAGGUGCCUCAUGAAACACGACAACUUCCAUCAUAAAGGGAUGCGCUUCCCAUGCGAGCACUGUGGUAAAGGGUUCUUUGGUAAAGACGCUCUGGUGAGGCACACUUUGAUUCACACAGGAGAGAGACCUUUCAAGUGCGACGACUGUGAUAAAUCCUUCAGGUCCUCUGCAGAACUGAAGAUCCAUCGGCGGUAUCAUACCGGGGAGAGACCUUUUAAGUGCACUGUGUGUUCCAAAGGCUUUGUGCAGUCGUGCUUCCUCACCCUGCACAUGAGAACCCACACAGGAGAGAGGCCCUACGUCUGCUCCAUCUGCAACAAAGGCUUCUCCAGCCUGCACGGCCUCAAGCGACACCGGAGGCUUGUCCACACUUAGACAACGCUGGAAGAUGUUACUUAAUAUAAGCCUUGUUAUCCUCCCUUUUUAUGAAGGAAUGGAGAGAAAGGAAAACGGCUGGACUUUCUCAUGUAUUCUGGCGACCAUGAACUACAGUCUGUUGGAAUUGUACAGUGCACAGUUGAAAAAAAAGUAACUUUGUAUUUUUACAUAAUUGUUUGCUCUAGUUCCUCACAAAAUUCUGUUCCAAAGUUCAAAUUGUGACUUCAUUUGGAAAAUAGUUGUUUUUCUUUCAUGAAUAAAAUGUACAUUUGCUUCCAAA